AUGAACAGUCAUCAACAGACUGCCUGCGAUCGAUGCCGGGGUCAAAAGCUGCGGUGCGUGGGGCUCGCAAACCCCGUCCUUGACCGGCAUAGCAGAUACGUCCGAAACCAGACCCCUUGUGAUCGUUGCAAAAAGGCCCAAGUCGAGUGUUAUAGCACGCGGUCAAUAGCGCGGAAGAGAGCUGCCUCCAAGUCGCUCUCAUCGGACUCAAAUAUCGAGCACUCUUCCAGUUAUCCCAGAUAUUCUGCGCUUCAAUCGCCAGAAUCACCACUCCCUUGUUUCGACGUUUCGACCUGGAGCGAAAAUGGUGAUCUCGAUAAAGCCCGCAUGAUUCCAUGGACAGGGGAUUCCCCACUCAACGGCCUGCAUCCAGAGGUGAUCUCAGCUCCGGGGAGUAAUAUCUCCUCACACAAUGCGUUCGAUCUGGCCAUCGAGAACUUUUUGCCAGAAGAGGCUAAUCUAUCUGAGGACCCACAAAUUAUUUCCGAUGGUGCGGCAUAUUCUGGUCCCCGAGAGAAGAAUCAAGCUCUGAUAAUGAGCUCGGGCUGGCUAAAGAAGUUGGCGGAGCUCAAUGGGACGCUGUUGCAUAACCGAGCGAAUCGACAAGCAGGACAAAGCAGAGGCCAAUCUCAACCUGCUUCUACACGAAGCGGCUCAUCUGUAUCGCUGUCAAUUGGCCAAACUUUGCGACAUUGCCAGUACUUUCUGAGCAUACUUCAGACCAUUCAGCGGCGUGCAACUUCGUAUGCCACUAACAACUCAUGGCGGGCCAACGGACCGGACUGUGGACUUGAUUUCCCGCUGUCAGAGCUUAAUUCGGACUCCGGUUAUCGUGAAAUUCGUGCCUUCGAAUUGUUGGAUCCUCCUUUACUGUUCUCGAUCCUUGCAUCCUACGCAUAUAUCACAGAAGAAUAUGAGCAUUUGUUCUCCUCGAUCUUAGAAUCAGUGACUCAGGCCAUUCCCAAAGUUCCGGCAACCCUUGUUGGCACCAGCCUAGAUGGCUUCAAAUUGGAUGGAAACAAUACAUUGCAGCUGGAGUUCGUUCUUUAUGUCAGUUCAAACCUUCUGGGGAAGAUCGAGUCUAUUUUGAUCGGAUCCUCGGACGAGACAGGAGCUUCGAAAAACGAUGGCCUUUUGAGCGGAAAAAUGGCAGGGUAUCUAGAGUCGUUAUAUAAUCAUAACUAUCAUGGCACAGAAGAAGCGACAACUAAAAAUGAGGAGAAGGCCAGGGUUAGGGUUCUCAUACGCCAAAUUCAAGCAGCCCUGAAGACCUUGGAACCAUGA